AUGUUUGAUUGUAAUUAUGUUUAUUAUAUCUUGUUUGGAUUUGUUCUUGUUAUCCAAACAAGUUUAGCUCAUAAGACUGGUAUAUUGAAAAACGUUGGCGCAUUUUGUGCAAAUGAUACAACGCGUGGUGAUCCAAAUUUGAUUCCGAUUGAUGUAGGUCAACCACGAUUUAUCAACAAGGUUGAAAAUGGUACACUUUAUCAAAUUGGUUCUGGCGAAGACCAAGUAUGGCUUAUUCAUGUUUAUGGUAAUAGUGGUUAUGAUUUUGGUUAUGCUUAUGGUACAUUAUUACGUGAUCAAAUUCAUAAAGUUUUACCGCGAGCUUGGGCGCAUUUUGAACAAGAAAUUAUUGAUGCUUUGAAAGAUUUAAAACUACCAAAAUGGUUCGAAGAGUUAAUUGCUGAGAAAGGUCUUCCUAUUGCCUUAGAUAUCCAAAAUGAUUUAGUCAGAAAAUAUAUGGAUGAAGAGGUUUAUAAUGAAAUGCGUGGUAUUGCUGAUGCAGCACAAAUCGACUAUAAAACUGUGGUGAGAUUACACAUGCUUGGAGAAAUCACUCGCGGUCGAUGCUCACUCUAUGGUCUUUGGGGUAAUGCAACACUCGGAGGAAAAACAUUGCAAUUGCGUGCGCUCGACUGGGAUGUUGACGGUGGUUUACAAGACUAUCCAGUUAUUACUAUUUAUCAUCCUGGUACAUCUAAACUUGGCCAUCCAUUCGCCAAUGUUGCAUGGGCCGGAUACAUUGGUACAUUAACUGGCAUGUCGUCAUAUCGUCUUGGCAUCUCCGAAAUCGGUGUUUCAUUUCCUGACGAUACUUUCGGCGAUGAAAGCAUGAGUGGUUUACCAUUCAUCUUUGUUGAACGUUACAUCUUACAAUACAGCGAAACACUCGAUGAUGCUCUUUCAUUCAUAGCAAAUGUACGACGUACAUGCCAUUUGAUUCUCGGUGUUGCUGACGGUAAAUUAGGCACAGCUCGUAUGAUUCAAUACUCCCAUUCAAAAGUAAACUUCUUUGAUGAUCAAAACUUACAACCCUUGGCCGAUUGGCAUCCACGUAUUCCACAUGCUAUCUAUUCCGGCAUGGACUGGUUAUGUCCAUCACGACAAUAUAAAUUGUAUCGAGCUAUUGUUGAUCAAUACGGACAAAUCACACCUGAAUUGUCAAUUAAAAAUAUCACCUCGGUUGUCAAAACUGGCGAUUUACAUGUGGGUGUCUACGAUUUAACGGAUAAUAUCAUGUAUGUUGCCAAUGCUCGUGGUACUGGCGAACAAGGACCUAUGGAAGCUUACAAACGUCAAUUCGUUAAAGUUGAUCUUAACGUUGAAUUCGCUCGUACACAUUAA